UUGGUGCCCGAGCCCCGGUGACGCUGCGGCUGGCGGGCCUAGCGAGCCUAGCGGGGGGGCCAGCCCGGGCCAGGGGGAUCUGAACAGUACCAUGGGCUGCAAAGUAUUCCUCAAUUUUGGACAGCAGCUGCUACGGCGAAAGGUUGUGGACUGUAGCCGAGAGCAGAGUCGCCUGUCCCGCUGCUUGAACACCUUCGAUUUGGUAGCUCUUGGUGUAGGCAGUACACUUGGAGCGGGUGUCUAUGUACUGGCUGGAGCUGUGGCCCGGAAGAAUGCUGGCCCUUCCAUCGUUAUCUCUUUCCUGAUUGCCGCCUUGGCCUCCGUGUUGGCAGGACUGUGUUACGGAGAAUUUGGUGCUAGGGUUCCAAAGACUGGUUCUGCUUACCUCUACAGCUACGUCACUGUAGGUGAACUCUGGGCUUUCAUCACCGGCUGGAACUUAAUUCUCUCCUACAUCAUUGGUACCUCAAGUGUCGCAAGAGCCUGGAGUGCAACAUUUGAUGAACUGAUAGGCAAACCUAUUGGGGAUUUCUCCCGAACGCAUAUGUCUCUGGAUACUCCCGGACUAGCUGAAUACCCAGACAUAUUUUCUGUAAUUAUCAUUCUGAUUUUAACAGCGCUUUUAACUUUCGGCGUGAAAGAAUCAGCCAUGGUUAACAAAGUUUUCACUUGUAUCAAUGUGCUCGUCCUGGGCUUUGUGAUGGUGUCAGGUUUUGUGAAGGGAUCCAUGAAAAACUGGCAGCUUACCAAAGAAGAUAUCAUGAAUGCUAAUGGCAGUAUCUGUUUGAACAAUGAAACAUUGAGUGACAGCUCCAUUGGUACUGGUGGUUUUAUGCCCUUUGGAUUCGGUGGUGUCUUAUCGGGUGCAGCCACCUGCUUUUAUGCUUUUGUAGGAUUUGACUGCAUUGCAACCACAGGUGAAGAAGUCAAGAAUCCCCAGAAAGCUAUCCCCGUGGGAAUUGUCGCAUCCCUCUUGAUCUGUUUUGUGGCUUACUUUGGGGUAUCAGCUGCUCUUACGCUCAUGAUGCCUUACUUCUGCCUGGAUGUGAAUAGCCCAUUGCCUGAUGCAUUUAAGCAUGUGGGCUGGGAAGGGGCAAAGUACGCUGUCGCUGUUGGUUCCCUCUGUGCGCUUUCCACCAGUCUUUUAGGUUCCAUGUUUCCCAUGCCUCGAGUCAUUUAUGCAAUGGCUGAAGACGGACUACUGUUUAAAUUUUUAGCCAAAGUCAAUGAAAGGACCAAAACUCCAAUUAUAGCAACAUUAACUUCUGGUGCCAUUGCUGCUGUGAUGGCCUUUCUUUUUGACCUGAAAGAUCUUGUUGACCUGAUGUCCAUUGGAACUCUCCUAGCGUAUUCUUUGGUGGCAGCCUGCGUGCUGGUCUUACGGUACCAACCAGAGCAGCCUAACUUAGUAUACCAGAUGGCCAGAACAACAGAAGAACUCGACCUUGUGGAUCAGAAUGAAGUAGUGAGCACCAGUGAUUCUCAAACAGGAUUUUUGCCAGAAGUGGAGAAAUGUUCUCUGAAAGCCAUAUUAUGUCCAAAGAACACAGAACCUUCUAAACUCUCCGGGUUUAUUGUGAAUGUCUCAACCAGCCUCAUAGGGAUUCAUAUUAUCAUCUUCUGCAUUGUCACUGUCCUUGCUAAAAAGGAACUCGAGCAGGGGACCCCAUGGGUGAUUGCUGUCCUUGUAGGCUCAGUUUUCCUCUGCUUUGUCAUCACCAUUCUCAUUUGGAGACAGCCUGAGAGCAAAACCAAACUUUCAUUUAAGGUGCCCUUCUUGCCUUUACUUCCUGUUUUGAGUAUUUUUGUGAACGUGUAUCUCAUGAUGCAGCUGGAUGGUGGUACCUGGCUCCGGUUUGCUGUGUGGAUGUUGAUAGGUUUCUUAAUUUACUUCGGCUAUGGUCUGUGGCAUAGUGAAGAGGCAUCCCUGGCAGCUGGUACAGCGAGAACCCCAGAUAACAGUUCGGACCACUGCAAAUGAUCCACAGAGUCCUGGACUGCGGUGGGGACAGUCACCCCUUUCAGAGAAAAACAGCUUUUGCCUCCAUGACUCGGAACCCAGGAAAAACGCAUAAGUGUGCCACCCUCUCCCAUCCCCUCCUCCUGCCCACCCUCCAGUACUAACCACAAGGUGCAAUUACUUGAGUUGUGGCCUCCCCUAAAAGCUCAUUUUACCUUAAAGACAAAACUCCAAGGAAGCUAGCAGCCCUCCAGUCUCCCUAGACAAAGUUAUAGCCUGGGUCAGUCAAUUGAAUACUGGCCUAGUUUCCUUCUCUCCCUUCCCCUUUCUUCAAGUCAAAAGAAAGGCUCUCCUCCCCGGCUCCAUAGAUGGGGCAACCACUGCCAUUGGCAGAAUUGAGGUCCUUUCUUUGGCUUUACCUCAUGGUUAGCUCCUUCCUUUUCAGAUUCUGUAUCUAAAUUUGAAAAUGUCUCAUCUCCAUAAAUUCAGUGCCCUGUUUUGUAAUUGAGCGUGUUGGGCCAUAAGCUGUGUGCUGCAUCCAAGAAGAGUGUUUUAUUUCCUCUCAAAAUUAGGUUAAUCCUGCCAGCCAAACUAUAGCCAUUAAUUUAGGAAGUAGGGGAGAAAAACUUGGGCAUAUUUUUCAUGACCCACUUCCCUUUUUCCUCCUCCCUGUUUCUUCAAGAAAGAUCUUAACCACCUCAUAUCCAGUCUUGUCUGCCUCUUUAGCCCUCUUUUCCAUGCCGAUUCAUGCUUCCGUCACUGUGGUGGACAUAUCACUCAUAAUUCUCACCAUGAGGACUAUGGUGGAAUCAUGAAUGGUUGAGGUGCAGAUAUGUAACUAACUCUGAGUUCCUCCUUGGGAUGUAUCAAAGUGAAAUUACCAAAGUGAAGAUUAUCAUUAGACCUGCUUCUCGUUGACUGGGAUUGGCUUUGAACUGUCAUGUAUGAAUGCUCUUGGUUGACUUUUGAUGAUAUCUACCUGAAGCAGAGAGGUAUAGGGAGCCUUUCUUGACUCUCUUCACUGACCCUGCCUCAUGUUGCUGUCUUGUAUUGAGCUCUUUGAUCGAUGUCUCUAGGUUAUUGGGACAUCGGAUUGAAUCUGAGUACCAGCUUCAAAUUAACACAGCUCACCAUUGGGGGAUGGGGUUUAGCAGUGGUGAUACAUGGCUAUUCACCUGAAUUUCUCUUAAAUAUUUCCUUCUAAGUCCCAGUUGGCUACACCCAUUUUUAAGUGUAUUAAGACAGACUUUAGGUUAAAGAAAUUUGACACCUUCCAUUUACAAUUUUUUCCAGUGUCAGAGGUGAACCCAAGGAGAUAUUGAUGGGGGUGAGAAUCCAGCAUGGCCAUGCUCACACUAGAUUGGUAAUUUACUUCUGGAACCACAUUUUUAUUUACUUGGCCCUUGGGUCUGUAAUGAGUUAUUCACUGCUGUGGUACCACCACUAAGUUGGAUCUGUCCAUAAAGAUGAACAUCGUCAUCAUCAUCAUCAUGGAUGGACCCAGUUUGGGAGAUGGCCCAAGAGUUGAGAGUUACAUAUCAUUCUGCAUUGUUGGAGUUGGGAGUGGGGGGGCAUCUAACUUAUGUCUAAAUGACUUUAGGUUAAUAGAAGAGCUAAGUUGCCUGUGUAUGUGGAUUCAGUUUGUUUAUUCUUGCAUGUGCCAGCCCCUUAGGGUUGCAAGAGUGUUGGUUCUAAGAGUCAAACUGGCUGUUGCAGCCCUACUCAGUGUGGGAGCUUAGUCUUAUUGACAUUUAAAGAGGGAAUACACCCACCUACCAAAGGGUAUGUUGUGGUUCUUGUCUGGUGCUUCUUCUGCAUGAUUUGGAGCAGAUCUCUCCCUUUCUCUAUGCCAGGUGUAGGCAGCUCAAGAGAACUUCAUCACCUUUGAUGUGACUUGGAUACCUCAAAAAGGCAAAAAAAAAAAAGUCAGUGAUUUGUAUUAAUGGAUUAAUGCCAUAGCCAGGCAACAUAGAAAGUAGGAAAAAAAUCUCUUUUACCCUUAAUUUCAAACUUCUCUUCCAUCUGGUCAAAUCUCCCCUAUUUAAAGAUAAGAACUAGACCUAUAAUUUCAUUGGUAUAAGUAAGUCCUAGAUGAGGACACUCCCUUUACCAUUGCAAGUUAGUACCUCCUCUGCAACUUAGUGAUUUGCUCAGAGUUUCAGGAGAGGUGACUUGCCUAGGAUCAGUCCAGCCAGUAUGUGUUGGAGGGAGGACUUGAAUCCUCUCUUCCUGGCUCUGAGAUCAUACUUAAUUCACCAUUUUUUCCUUCCCUUCCUUCCCCCAUUUCCCUUUAGGAGCCAUUUAAUAAAGCUAGAUGCCCAGAAACAUGCCACAAGGGCCCUUGGAUUAUGGAGAGUUGGCCCCCCUUCCUUGGUCUUUGGUGUAUAGAAAUACGGAAGCCAACAAAUCCCUAUGGUAGUUGUCUUCCUGAAUAAUGGAUCUACCCUAAAUUUCCAUAGACAAGUGAAAUAAAUGGGGAAUCUCCCUCCCUCUCCCACUAUAUUGUUUAUAUUAAGAUAAAACUUGUGAAUAUUCUUGGCAAAUCCUAGAUUUCCAAAGGAAAAAUUUAAAUUUAUGUAGCUAUAAAAUAAUUUUGAUAAAUAUUAACUUUUCUGUUGGAUAUUUAAUAUCUGCUGUCUCUUUGGAACUGGUCAAAGUUUCCUUUUCUUAUAACGUAUUGAGAAAAUGGACGCAGUAAGAAGAAAAGGUUUGGGAUGAAAAAUUUUACUUCCAUUUCUCUUUUUUGGCAAAAAUUUUACUGCAAGUCCAGCCCUCGUUGACUAUAUUUUGAGUUGACAAUCCACUUCUCUCUCAUGAAUACCCAUUGUCCCCAGAUUUCAAAAAAUGAGAAAGUAUCUUUUAUUUCUCCCCUAAUUUUUCCUGGAGAACAAAUUUUUUGAUGAUUACUCUUCCUUUCCUUCCCUAUGCCUUAAAGCCAUAGUCAGAAAUAGGCAGGGACUCAGAGAAAAAGAAGGGACCUUUGUUACACCCGUCUCCCUUUUCCACUCAGAAGACUUACCAUGUAUAUAGACUGCGUUAUCACUACAUUUUUUAGGGAAUGUUUUGUAUAGCUAGCAGCUUGAGCUUUUCUCACCAGAUAAAGGAAUGAGGAACUAAGAAGCAUUAGCUCAUUUUAGCCAGGAUUGGGCCUCCUAUUAUCACACACUUUCUCAUCCCCCCAAUAUUUUUCUUUGGUGAAGAGACCAUGAAAACAAUAAUUUAAAAUAGCUUGAAUCUCUUUCCAUGGGAAUUUUAGUACCUUAUGUGUUGCCUAGUUAUUCUUUUCCUCUGUAAUUCAGACUUUUGCUGUAGUAGAAAGACCCUCAAGGGAACAAUAUAUGCGCUUUCAUCUGUUUAUGUAGGCAAUAAUUGUGCUUCAGUCCCUCCUGCAUACUUUGGAAAGACCCAUUUAGACUGGUAAGAGCUGCUUCCUUCCUUCCCUGAUCCCCACCCCAGCCCACCCCUUGGGCAUGUUUUGCUUCACUGAAGACCUAAAAUCAUUAAUUUAAAAAACAACUAUAUUCCCCUCUCCUUCAGUGACAGAAAAAUAGCCUAGGCUGACUACAUUUUACAGUCCUGUGGGGUAUGUCCUGGGGCAUAUGCUUGAAGACAGGGAAUGUUUCAUUCUUUUCUUUGUAUCCCCAGUGGCUAGUACAGUACCUGCCGCAAAGUUGGUAUUUAACAAAUGUCAGUUGUCUUGAACUUUCAUGAAUGAUCUUAACAUUCUUUACUGUUUGAUGAUGCUUUGAAGCAAAGCAAAGAAUAAAAGAAUUGGUUUUAUUGUUGGGCACAAGUAGAUUCUUCCUGACAAAGAGGGCCAUGUGGUCUUGAGCUUUGAUGCCAAAAUGACAGAUUAGGCCCUUCUAGGUCCUUGGGUGCAGCCUUUUGACAGAGUCCAAAUUUUACAGAACAAAUCCUUUUAUUAAGAGGAUUCGUUCUGUGAAGUUUGGAUUCAGUCAAAGGGACACAUUUGAGGACCUAGAGGGCCACCUGGGGCCUUGAGGCCCCAGUUUCCCCACCCCUGGAUUAGGAUUAUAGGUAUUGCUAGAUGUGUGCAAUAGAUUCACUCUGGAAGAUGAUCUGUUAACUUGCCCCAUGGGAGAGUAAGUCUUCCUCACUUGAACACUUUUUUUUUUUUUUUGCAUUGAAGCAUCAUUAUUCACAAUCUAUAAAAAACUGCCCACCUCUUGUCACCAAAGAAGUAUCAGCUGAUAGAUAUUGUGGAGCCAAGGGUGUGAGGCACUGUGAAAGACACUGUCUUUCUUUUUUUAGGGCAAGUGGGAGGAGUUGUAGUUAGUAUUUAUGGGCAACAGGAACAAUGUGCCCUUCAGUCUCCCUAAGCACCUAUGAAGAUAAAAUGACUUGUUAUAUAUAGGUUGUGUAUAUUACUGAUGUAUGUAAGUGAUGUAGAAAAUUGCUACUUAAAGUGGAAUAUUAAAUAUAUAUUAUAAAUAAAAUUGUUCAUUUGCUGCGGGAAAAGGGGCAUUUAGGUAGAAGGCACUUGAUGGGGAGCAGGAAUUGUGCAUUUUACCUGAGUUGUUGCUGGAUUUGUUUUUAAUCUUUUCUUUACAUGCUUUAUUGAUCCAAUGGUGCAAAAAACCACCUCUAUAUCUCAUCAUUGCAGACAUAAUGCCUAUUGGACUUUUCAGGCAAAAAGGGUCAACUGAGUUGUCACUAUACUUCAAGGAUCUUCAAGAGAGAAAUGGUUGAUUACUUAUCUGUGAGUGGCAAUCACAUGAGGCAAAAAAGCUAGAAAGCAUUUAUCAUCAAAGUUUUCCUGCCAUGCCUUUGGACAUCUAAGAGACACUACCUCCUUUGUUUCCCAGGAGCCUGAAUACUCCAUCUUUGAUUUGCUUUCUGUGGAAAUGGUAGUUUCAAAAUCAGCCAGUCUGAGAAACCAACACAGUAAAAGACCUUGCCUGUCAAAAAGUCCAGACCAAAAUUUCCUCAGGGUAUCAGCACGUGGCUUAGCUACCAGGAAGCAGAGCAAGUGUGAGAAGCUUUUGGACUUCAUCUGAUUUUGCUUCCCUGAUGACAGAGUGUUAAGUUAGACUUGUUUUUUCCAGAUGACAAAAUUAACAAUAUGGAUUUAAAGUUAAAAAGUUUCCUGCCUAAAGUUGUGCCUUUUAGCUUGAAGACUUUAAGGAGCACAAAGGAUGAUGACAGUGAGGAUUGGUUUAUUAUCAAACCUAUAGUAAACAUAUGUUGUCCCUUCGGUAAAGUUUCCAUUUACCGAGAGGAGCUAUGAAAGAGUUGUCGAAUUUUAAUUAUAUAUAAUGUAUAUAUUUUUUUUGCUUGUUCAAUGUCCUAUUUUUCUAAUAACUUCUUAUAAUUGUGAUGAGAUUUUAAGUCUAAUACUAAAUGUAAAUCAAGUUGGUUUCAGCUGCUCUUUAGUUUUAGUUUUUUAAAAAAAAAACUACCUAAGUAUAGCCAUCACUUUUUUUUAAACGUGAAAAUGGGCCCCUCUGGGCAGCGUAUAGACCUUUCACAGUGACAACACUUUACAUAGAAUUAAUCCUCUUCUUACCUGUUAUCCUCCCCUACUUGUAAAAUCCAAUUCUUGUGGCACAGCAUUAAAUGUGGCUUCCCAAUGCUAAUAAAUGAUGGCUGUCGUUUU